CGCCCCCACCCCCAGCGCACGCGCUCCCAUUCAAAGCAGACCCGCUCCGCGGCCGCACUGAAGCUCCAAAGCCGCGCCGCCUGCCCCAGCGCAGCUCUGUCUCGUGGGGCGCACGCCCGAGCCCGCCUGCCGGCCGCCGCCGCGGAGCCACCGCAGUCAGCGCAGGAGGCGGCCACCUCUUCGAGGGAGGGGUCUCGCCCGGGACUCCCCUUGGUCCCCGCCAUGGGGACCAUGGCACGACUGGAGGCGCCCCAGUGCCCCGGGUUCCUGGCCCGCCUCCUCGGUGGCACCUGGUGCCUGCUCUGUAUCGCCGGACAGGUAUGCGGAGACCAAAGCCAAGGGGCUGUUUUCCUGCGGGAAUUUACACUGAUUCGAAGAGAGAGCCUCCAUGAAGAUUUCCUGUCUGACCUCUUGAAUAGUCACAAAACUGAAGACUCGAGUUCCAGGACCGCACGCUCCGAGGAGGACCGGGACGGCCUAUGGGAUGCCUGGGGCCCAUGGAGUGAAUGCUCACGCACCUGCGGGGGAGGGGCCUCCUACUCUCUGAGGCGCUGCCUGAGCAGCAAGAGCUGUGAAGGAAGAAAUAUCCGAUACAGAACGUGCAGUAAUGUGGACUGCCCACCAGAAGCAGGUGAUUUCCGAGCUCAGCAAUGCUCAGCUCAUAAUGAUGUCAAGCACCAUGGCCAGUUUUAUGAAUGGCUUCCUGUGUCUAAUGACCCUGACAACCCAUGUUCACUCAAGUGCCAAGCCAAAGGAACAACCCUGGUUGUUGAACUAGCACCUAAGGUCUUAGAUGGUACGCGUUGCUAUACAGAAUCUUUGGAUAUGUGCAUCAGUGGUUUAUGCCAAAUUGUUGGCUGCGAUCACCAGCUGGGAAGCACCGUCAAGGAAGAUAACUGUGGGGUCUGCAACGGAGAUGGGUCCACCUGCCGGCUGGUCCGAGGGCAGUAUAAAUCCCAGCUCUCCGCAACCAAAUCGGAUGAUACUGUGGUUGCAAUUCCCUAUGGAAGUAGACAUAUUCGCCUUGUCUUAAAAGGUCCUGAUCACUUAUAUCUGGAAACCAAAACCCUCCAGGGGGCUAAAGGUGAAAACAGUCUCAGCUCCACAGGAACUUUCCUUGUGGACAAUUCUAGUGUGGACUUCCAGAAAUUUCCAGACAAAGAGAUACUGAGAAUGGCUGGACCACUCACAGCAGAUUUCAUUGUCAAGAUUCGUAACUCGGGCUCCGCUGACAGUACAGUCCAGUUCAUCUUCUAUCAACCCAUCAUCCACCGAUGGAGGGAGACGGAUUUCUUUCCUUGCUCAGCAACCUGUGGAGGAGGUUAUCAACUGACAUCGGCUGAGUGCUACGAUCUGAGGAGCAACCGUGUGGUUGCUGACCAAUACUGUCACUAUUACCCAGAGAACAUCAAACCCAAACCCAAGCUUCAGGAGUGCAACUUGGAUCCUUGUCCAGCCAGUGACGGAUACAAGCAGAUCAUGCCUUAUGACCUCUACCAUCCCCUUCCUCGGUGGGAGGCCACCCCAUGGACCGCGUGCUCCUCCUCGUGUGGGGGGGGCAUCCAGAGCCGGGCAGUUUCCUGUGUGGAGGAGGACAUCCAGGGGCAUGUCACUUCAGUGGAAGAGUGGAAAUGCAUGUACACCCCUAAGAUGCCCAUCGCGCAGCCCUGCAACAUUUUUGACUGCCCUAAAUGGCUGGCACAGGAGUGGUCUCCGUGCACAGUGACAUGUGGCCAGGGCCUCAGAUACCGUGUGGUCCUCUGCAUCGACCAUCGAGGAAUGCACACAGGAGGCUGUAGCCCAAAAACAAAGCCCCACAUAAAAGAGGAAUGCAUCGUACCCACUCCCUGCUAUAAACCCAAAGAGAAACUUCCAGUCGAGGCCAAGUUGCCAUGGUUCAAACAAGCUCAAGAGCUAGAAGAAGGAGCUGCUGUGUCAGAGGAGCCCUCGUUCAUCCCAGAGGCCUGGUCGGCCUGCACAGUCACCUGUGGUGUGGGCACCCAGGUGCGAAUAGUCAGGUGCCAGGUGCUCCUGUCUUUCUCUCAGUCCGUGGCUGACCUGCCUAUUGACGAGUGUGAAGGGCCCAAGCCAGCAUCCCAGCGUGCCUGUUAUGCAGGGCCAUGCAGCGGGGAAAUUCCUGAGUUCAACCCAGACGAGACAGAUGGGCUCUUUGGUGGCCUGCAGGAUUUCGACGAGCUGUAUGACUGGGAGUAUGAGGGGUUCACCAAGUGCUCCGAGUCCUGUGGAGGAGGUGUCCAGGAGGCUGUGGUGAGCUGCUUGAACAAACAGACUCGGGAGCCUGCUGAGGAGAACCUGUGCGUGACCAGCCGCCGGCCCCCACAGCUCCUGAAAUCCUGCAAUUUGGAUCCCUGCCCAGCAAGGUGGGAAAUUGGCAAGUGGAGUCCAUGUAGUCUCACAUGUGGGGUCGGCCUACAGACCAGAGACGUCUUCUGCAGCCACCUGCUUUCCAGAGAGAUGAAUGAAACAGUCAUCCUGGCUGAUGAGCUGUGUCGCCAGCCCAAGCCCAGCACGGUGCAAGCUUGUAACCGCUUUAAUUGCCCCCCAGCCUGGUACCCUGCACAGUGGCAGCCGUGUUCCAGAACGUGUGGCGGGGGUGUUCAGAAACGUGAGGUUCUUUGCAAGCAGCGCAUGGCUGAUGGCAGCUUCCUGGAGCUUCCUGAGACCUUCUGUUCAGCUUCAAAACCUGCCUGUCAGCAAGCAUGCAAGAAAGAUGACUGUCCCAGCGAGUGGCUUCUCUCAGACUGGACAGAGUGUUCCACAAGCUGCGGGGAAGGCACCCAGACUCGAAGCGCCAUUUGCCGAAAGAUGCUGAAAACCGGCAUCUCAACGGUUGUCAAUUCCACCCUGUGCCCGCCCCUGCCUUUCUCUUCCUCCAUCAGGCCCUGUAUGCUGACAACCUGUGCAAGGCCCGGGCGGCCACCCACGAAGCACAGCCCGCACAUCGCGGCCGCCAGGAAGGUCUACAUCCAGACUCGCAGGCAGAGGAAGCUGCACUUCGUGGUGGGGGGCUUCGCCUACCUGCUCCCCAAGACGGCGGUGGUGCUGCGCUGCCCGGCGCGCAGGGUCCGCAAGCCCCUCAUCACCUGGGAGAAGGACGGCCAGCACCUCAUCAGCUCGACGCACGUCACGGUGGCCCCCUUCGGCUAUCUCAAGAUCCACCGCCUCAAGCCCUCGGAUGCAGGCGUCUACACCUGCUCAGCGGGCCCGGCCCGGGAGCACUUUGUGAUUAAGCUCAUCGGAGGCAACCGCAAGCUCGUGGCCCGGCCGUUGAGCCCAAGAAGUGAGGAAGAGGUGCUUGCGGGGAGGAAGGGCGGCCCGAAGGAGGCCCUGCAGACCCACAAACACCAGAACGGGAUCUUCUCCAACGGCAGCAAGGCGGAGAAGCGGGGCCUGGCCGCCAACCCGGGGAGCCGCUACGACGACCUCGUCUCCCGGCUGCUGGAGCAGGGCGGCUGGCCCGGAGAGCUGCUGGCCUCGUGGGAGGCGCAGGACUCCGCGGAAAGGAACAUGACCUCGGAGGAGGACCCGGGUGCAGAGCAAGCGCUCCUGCACCUGCCCUUCACCAUGGUGACCGAGCAGCGGCGCCUGGACGACAUCCUGGGGAACCUCUCCCAGCAGCCCGAGGAGCUGCGCGACCUCUACAGCAAGCACCUGGUGGCCCAGCUGGCCCAGGAGAUCUUCCGCAGCCACCUGGAGCACCAGGACACGCUCCUGAAGCCCUCGGAGCGCAGGACUUCCCCAGUGGCUAUCUCGCCUCAUAAACACGUGUCUGGCUUCAGCAGCUCCCUGCGGACCUCCUCCACCGGGGACGCCGGGGGAGGCUCUCGAAGGCCACACCGCAAGCCCACCAUCCUGCGCAAGAUCUCAGCGGCCCAGCAGCUCUCAGCCUCGGAGGUGGUCACCCACCUGGGGCAGACGGUGGCCCUGGCCAGCGGGACACUGAGUGUUCUUCUGCACUGUGAGGCCAUCGGCCACCCAAGGCCUACCAUCAGCUGGGCCAGGAAUGGAGAAGAAGUUCAGUUCAGUGACAGGAUUCUUCUACAGCCAGAUGAUUCCUUACAGAUCUUGGCACCAGUGGAAGCAGAUGUGGGUUUCUACACUUGCAAUGCCACCAAUGCCUUGGGAUACGACUCUGUCUCCAUUGCCGUCACAUUAGCAGGAAAGCCACUAGUGAAAACGUCACGAAUGACAGUGAUCAACACGGAGAAGCCUGCAGUCACAGUCGAUAUAGGAAGCACCAUCAAAACAGUGCAGGGAGUGAAUGUGACAAUUAACUGCCAGGUUGCAGGAGUGCCUGAAGCUGAAGUCACUUGGUUCAGGAAUAAAAGCAAACUGGGCUCCCCCCACCAUCUGCACGAAGGCUCCUUGCUGCUCACAAACGUGUCCUCCUCGGAUCAGGGCCUGUACUCCUGCAGGGCGGCCAAUCUUCAUGGAGAGCUGACUGAGAGCUCCCAGCUGCUGAUCCUAGAUCCCCCCCAAGUCCCCACACAGUUGGAAGACAUCAGGGCCUUGCUCGCUGCCACUGGACCGAACCUUCCUUCAGUGCUGACGUCUCCUCUGGGAACACAGCUGGUCCUGGAUCCUGGGAAUUCUGCUCUCCUUGGCUGCCCCAUCAAAGGUCACCCUGUCCCUAAUAUCACCUGGUUUCAUGGUGGUCAGCCAAUUGUCACUGCCACAGGACUGACGCAUCACAUCUUGGCAGCUGGACAGAUCCUUCAAGUUGCAAACCUUAGCGGUGGGUCUCAAGGGGAAUUCAGCUGCCUUGCUCAGAAUGAGGCAGGGGUGCUCAUGCAGAAGGCAUCUUUAGUGAUCCAAGAUUACUGGUGGUCUGUGGACAGACUGGCAACCUGCUCAGCCUCCUGUGGUAACCGGGGGGUUCAGCAGCCCCGCUUGAGGUGCCUGCUGAACAGCACGGAGGUCAACCCUGCCCACUGCGCAGGGAAGGUUCGCCCUGCGGUGCAGCCCAUCGCGUGCAACCGGAGAGACUGCCCUUCUCGGUGGAUGGUGACCUCCUGGUCUGCCUGUACCCGGAGCUGUGGGGGAGGUGUCCAGACCCGCAGGGUGACCUGUCAAAAGCUGAAAGCCUCUGGGAUCUCCACCCCUGUGUCCAAUGACAUGUGCACCCAGGUCGCCAAGCGGCCUGUGGACACCCAGGCCUGUAACCAGCAGCUGUGUGUGGAGUGGGCCUUCUCCAGCUGGGGCCAGUGCAAUGGGCCUUGCAUCGGGCCUCACCUAGCUGUGCAACACAGACAAGUCUUCUGCCAGACACGGGAUGGCAUCACCUUACCAUCAGAGCAGUGCAGUGCUCUUCCGAGGCCUGUGAGCACCCAGAACUGCUGGUCAGAGGCCUGCAGUGUACACUGGAGAGUCAGCCUGUGGACCCUGUGCACAGCUACCUGUGGCAACUACGGCUUCCAGUCCCGGCGUGUGGAGUGUGUGCAUGCCCGCACCAACAAGGCAGUGCCUGAGCACCUGUGCUCCUGGGGGCCCCGGCCUGCCAACUGGCAGCGCUGCAACAUCACCCCAUGUGAAAACAUGGAGUGCAGAGACACCACCAGGUACUGCGAGAAGGUGAAACAGCUGAAACUCUGCCAACUCAGCCAGUUUAAAUCUCGCUGCUGUGGAACUUGUGGCAAAGCGUGAAGAUAGGGUGUGGGGAAAAUCUCUACCCUGGCCACACGAAGGACUCACGCAACCAUCUCGGACAGAACCUAAGCUUUCUUCAUUUUAUUUAUUUAUUUCCCCCUCCCCCCCCCACACACACCCUUCCAACCUCCUCCACCUCCACCUUCAAGCGUAAGGACGUCCGCGUGUUUUCUCUGUCAGUUAGCUGGAGGACAGGAUGUUGGGAAAGGAAAGGACAGAUGUCUAAAGGAGGUUGCAGAGCAGGCCAGGCAUACAGUGGGGGCUCCCUUGAAGAGCUUCCUCCCUCCCAAACCUGGGUCUCAAAGACCUAGAAAGAGGCAGGCACAGCCCCUGGGGACAGCAGGGAGCCAGAAGGUUUGUAGCCUAUUGGUGCAAACAUUGGACAAAUUCCUGUGUCUUUCCUAGAAGCGCACUAUCACAAACACAGGAGUGUUUCGCUCCUUUGUCUCCUCUUCCCCAUCUAUGUCCCUUUAGUCACAGUUAGGACAAAUGGGGAGGGGACACCAUGCUGAGGCAGAAACUAGCCCAGAACAUCAGUUCUUCUAGUGGGUGAGUGCAGAGAGAGAAGAACUCAGAUCACCAGUAGGGAGAGGUAAAAAAGCAAACAAAGCAGGCUCUAAGGCACACAACAUUGCAGAAAAUGAGGAAGGGAGGGGAGGGAAGGGACAGAAGCAAAAAGGAGCCUGUGGUGUUCCCCAGUGGGGCACGGUGAGCAGGGGCUUCCAGGCUGCAUGAGGCUCAUGGACCAGCUCUGAUCCCAUGCAUGUGCGCAUGCUCAGAGCCCUGCUGCCCACAACAGAGCACUGCGCUGCGUGGGAGUCCCCACUUCCCAGGCUAUCAGAGUCAACGUCCUGCCUGUGCAGCUGCAGCAAAGCCAGUGAGAGGUGGGUCUCGCCAUGCAGUAAGGCCACCCUGGCACCUCUUUAUCUAAAUCCGAAGUCCCCUAGCCCCGCACUAACUGCUGCUGUGGGCCAGGGCCAUUUUGAGCACGAAUGGCCCAGGUUUUUUGCCUUCUAGGACCUUUGCUGCUCCACCGAAGGGCCAGGGACUAUGGUUAACUUAUCAACAUCAACCCAUUAACUAGUCACUGUGCCAGAGAGUAUCUGUCAGGCUGUCAGGUUGUAGCAACCUCUUCAUUCCAGAGCUGGCCCAGGGACCGGGGUGGACAACGGGUUUAUGCGUGUCCACAGUACACCCUCCCUCUCCCAGCCUCCACCCCAGGGUCUGCAGGUCCUCCGGCAUGUAGUAUUUAUCUAGCAAGGCGGGGUGGUGGAGGCAGCACCCUGGCAAAGCAGCUCACACACUGCAGCCACACUCAUCAGCUGUGGUGAGGCGGCUGGAGCAAAGUCAAGCAGCAAAAUGAAAACUCUGGGACUCUUCGGCAAAAUCCUCAUUAAGCCGAGCAGCUUUGGCCAAGUAAUUUUUGCCUCCUUCCCUAGCGUGGCCUGAGUUUAGGAGCAAGGGUGGCCAGAGUCCCUUACCCACAGAUAAGCCUCCCCUCAUGAAAUGCCACUCACCCCGGGCUACCAUUGACAUCAGGGCUGCAUUUCCAGCCAGCCUGGAAGUAAAAUUUGAGAGGAAGACAAUAUUAAUCUGUGUCCCCACCUAGUGAGCUGUGGACAGUUUUAAGUUGGGUCUCUUUCUUCCUCACCACAAAAACAGGCUCUAAGAAAUCAUGUUACUAAAAAAUCAGUGUAAAGUCUGUUUAAAAUAAAAAAGAAUGGUUUCUAUGUCUGUAUAUCUUUUGUGAAUAUUUAUUAGGAUUUCUUAUUAAAAAAGUGCAAUAUUAAUAAUUGUACAUUGUCAUCCAGAAACAAAACUAUUGGGGGGACUUUAUUAACUAACUUCCUGCAGUUGUGUUCCUGUAAACUCAGUAGUGAUUAUUAUAUUUUUCUUAUUUUUAAUAGAACCUGGUGUUUAACUCUGGAUCCAUUCACUGUACAGGAUGUGUUAUAAAAACUAACAUGGGAUGCUGAGGCAGUAAGAGGGAAUUCAUUUGUGGCAUAAUAGUUAUGCAUGGAAUGAUAAAGACAGACAAAUUCCAUACUACUACUAAUGUGGUUAAUUAUUUCUAGUUCGAUAGUGAUUGAAAAUCAGUGGUCACUAUUUACAUUUCCUAAAGAGCAAGCAUCCUCCAGCUCCAUGUUGGGUUGGAGCAGUUGGCAGUGGGUCUCAGUGAGCUGGCAGAACCUAGGUUUGGGUGGGAAGCAGAAUGCUUGUUGCAUGAAAUGAAUGUACAUUUAAUGUUUGUUCUGUGAACUGCAACUCAGCAGCACCACAAGACAAUGAAGGCUGCUGGCUAAUGUGGAAGGAGGCACUUUCUCCUCUAAAACACAAAACUGUAUUUGUAUUUUUUGUACAGAUAAUACAGCUUAUUUAUUUAAA